UCGGGGCCUGAGAAGAAGAAGGUCUCAAUUCUCAAGGUCAUCAAGCACUGCUGGACAAAGCACAGCGAUGAGUCCGAUGCCGAUCUGCCACCCCGCCUCGCUGAAAUCGAAUCGAAGUAUAACAAAAAUAUUGAGAAGAGGCGGGCAGAAUUAGGCUUGACCCAGGAGGAUGAGAUUGAUUCUGAUGUGGAGGAUGAUGCCAUCUUUGAGGCAGUUGGGGUGUACAAGGGCCGGGUCCCGUGCAUGGGGGCUGAGGGGCAAUGGAUCUUGUACGACGCUUCAUCUUCCCGAUCAAGGCGUGGAGAGGAUCCGCGUAUCGCUCAAAUGCAGCGGGAGAUGGAGGAGCAGCAGCGGGCCUUGGAUGAGCAGCAGCGUUGCUUGGAGGAGCAACGCAAAAAAGAAGAAGAAACAAGGGCCCGGAUAGAAGCGAUGAAACGGAUCCUCAGCACUGGAAUUCGGAAUCAGCCUCAGCCGUAUGUACUGCACCCCGAGCAGACUCCUCAAGUUCCGCACAUGGGCGGUUAUUUCCGUUCCAACUCUGCUACCCGGGUUGCCUUCAUUUGGUUCUAUUCAGGAUAUCAAUUUUCACAACCUGUUUCAAACAUCUGGAGGCAGCCAAGGAGAUGGCAGUCGCGGAGGUGGCAAUCGCGGAGGAGGCAGUCGCGGUGGCCAAGCUGGAGACAACCGAGAAGAUGAGACCGAAGAAGAUUAUCUAUAUGAUGAUUCUAGAUAUUAUCAUAAUGGUGGCCGAAGGAGCUUGUAAAUGAUAUACAUUUUUAAUUGAACAUUGUUUAUUUACUAUAAUUCUAUUGUGCUUAUUAUUGCUUUUAUU